AUGGAGGGGGCAGACGCUGUCAUUGAAGGCUUGCAGAAAGCGAUUGGGCACGUUCGCACCUUUCACGGCUUGACCGCCCAAACUAUACAUCUCACUGGCGACGGUACCGCAGAAGCUACAACCUACUGCGCCGCUGGUCAUUUCUUGGGCGAGAAGUCAUUCCUCGCAGAAGCAAGAUAUUUUGACAAACUUGUGAAGGUUAUAGAGGGAGACAGCAUCUUGUGGAAGAUCUCGUACCGCCUGACCACUAUGAUGGGUGUUCCGCGAGGUGAUGUGUCGAUGUUCAGCAUCGACUUAAAUGAAUGGGCUAACAGCCUACAAGCUUAA